UUUCUUCGCCCCACCGAACCACUCGGCCCUGUUCUAUAAAACCAUUGUGCUGGACCGUUGACAAUAAUCAAUUCUCAGUUGUUCAACCAAACACACAAAAUGUUCAGCAAAAUUGUAGCAUUUGGAGCUAUGUUGGCUGCUGCCAACGCUGGUCUUCUUCAUGGUCAUGGACACGCUGUGUCCUCCCAAAGCAUUGUCCGUCAUGAUGAAGGACACUACGCGGCGCCCAUCGCAUAUGCUGCCCCAAUCGCUCAUGCUGCUCCAGUUGCCUACGCCCCAGUCGCUCACUACGCUGCACCCGCUGCCCAUUACGAUGGACAUGAUGAAUAUGCCCACCCCAAAUACGACUUCGCAUACUCAGUAGCAGACCCUCACACCGGUGAUCACAAGUCACAGCAUGAGAGCCGCGACGGUGACGCCGUCCAUGGCUACUACUCCCUGGUACAGCCUGACGGCUCCGUACGUAAAGUGGAAUACUCUGCUGAUGACCACAAUGGAUUCAAUGCCAUCGUACACAACUCAGCUCCCUCUGUGCAUGCCGCACCAGUGCCAGCCUACCAUCACUACUAAAUGAAGAAUAUCUAAAAUCCUAAUACGUUUCUUAAUCUUUUAUAAUUAAUUUUUAUAUUUGUAGUUAUGUGUGCGUGAUGUGUAAAUAAAUGUGUGAUUGAUAUAAACAAUGACU